AUGUCCAGCGUAGCGUCGUUGUCGUGGUAGUUCACCCACUUUUGCCUUGAAAAACUGUUUGAAAAGGUGUGAUGGUUGCGCAGAUACGGUGACCUGCGUUUGUGUCAUCUCUUUUUUCGUGGACUAGCUAGUGCCUCGAGGAAGUGUCUUUAUCUUCGCAACCCGCGACAACACACUCGGGAAACAACUGCCUUCCAGUGUACAGGUCGCCUACAACGGACUGUUCCCCGUCGCAGGACGAACACCGUGGCUUGACAGCGGCGUAGUGACUCUUCUUUUUUCCUCCAGCUUUAGCAAGGAUUGUGUCUGCUUGGCUUCCAGCAAUGGCGGGCCAGAACAGGAAAUACGCGUGCAAGAUAUCGCAAUUCGAGAAGAACAUUACCCACCGUGGCAAUGUUCCGGAAAGCCGAAUUCGUACCCAGAAUUCGUAUCCAGUAGGACCUCUGAUCCUCGCCCUGUUUCUGUUCGUCGUUGUGGGAUCUGCGAUUCUCCAGAUCAUUUUUUCAGCUCAAAGAGGAACAAUUUUGUAGUGGAGCGUUCAACUAUUAUGUUGGAGAAUCACGUGCAGAAAUAAGGAUCAGUAGCAGCAGAAGUUGAUCCUCGACUUCAGAUUACAGGAGAUAGCGGUUCUCCGCGCGCAACAGCCCUACAGAAAGGACGAGUGUUUGCUUCGUCUUCGUUGUCGUCGUUUGCCAAAGAAGGCGACAAGCACCAACGCCAGGAAAAGAUCGGGUACACAGUUAAUAUGUGACAGGACGGUAAUACAACAGGCUGGAUGUUUACUUCUUGUGGAAGCUCUGGGGAACCAAUACGGCUUCGUGGCAGUGGUCACAAAGGACUGACUGCCAUCUACUAUGGUGAAGUCGUCUUGUUAAGCCCAACGUAGCGUGGCGUCAAGUGUUUCGAACGAAACGUUAACGGUCUACACACAGAUUGUUAGGUGUCGGUACGCAGAAACUCUUGACAGCAGCGGUAUCACCUGCGCUGAAGGUGGUGGUGUUCCAGCAGCUCCCACAGCGUUCCCCUGUUCCUGUCAGUGUGUUUGGUUUCUUGAGCUGCUCUGUAGGUAAUUCUGCCAUGUUGUACCAACCUCUUUGUCCAAACGCUUUCGAAAGGCAACGUAUCUCCUGAUUCCUAGGUUGCUGAAGUGUGCAGCAUCU